AUGACGGCAGAGGAGGAGCUGCCCGACUUCGACGAGGACAACGAGAAGGAGACCAAGGAGGAGGCGAAGGAGGGGGACGACAAGAAGAAGGGCAGCUACGCCAACAUCCACGCGACAGGCUUCAAGGACUUCCUGCUGAAGCCUGAGCUGAACCGUGCCAUCGUGGACUGCGGCUUCGAGCACCCGUCCGAGGUGCAGCACGAGUGCAUCCCGCAGGCCAUCCUCGGCACAGAUGUGCUCUGCCAGGCCAAAUCCGGCAUGGGAAAGACGGCGGUGUUUGUCCUGGCGUGCUUGCAGCAGAUCGACGCGAGUGAGAAGGUCGUCAGGACGAUGGUGAUCUGUCACACGCGCGAGCUUGCGUACCAGAUCAAGCACGAGUUCGACCGCUUCGCCAAGUACUUCGCGGACGUGAAGUGUGGCGUUGUCUAUGGCGGUGUCCCCAUCAGCAAGGACAAGGAGAUGCUGAAGGAGUCCUGCCCUCAGAUUCUGAUCGGCACGCCCGGCCGCGUCCUCGGCCUUCUCCGAGAGAAGGACCUGAAGCUCGACAAGCUGACCCAGUUCGUGCUCGACGAGUGUGACAAGUGCCUGGACAAAUUGGACAUGCGCAAGGACAUCCAGCACAUCUUCGUCGAGACCCCGAAGAAGAAGCAGGUUAUGAUGUUCAGCGCCACAAUGACAGCGGAAACGAGGGCCCUGUGCAAGAAAUUCAUGCAGGACCCCCACGAGAUCCGCGUGGAUGAAGAGUCAAAGCUCACUCUGCACGGGCUCCUGCAGUACUACGUGAAGCUUUCGGAGAAGGAGAAGAAUCGGAAGCUGAACGACCUCCUCGACGCCCUGGAGUUCAACCAGGUCGUGAUCUUCGUGAAGUCGGUGCAGCGCGCCAUAGCGCUCGACAAGCUUCUCGUGGAGUGCAAUUUCCCGUCGAUCCGCGCCAUAGCGCUCGAUAAGCUGCUCGUGGAGUGCAACUUCCCUUCGAUCGCUAUCCACUCGGGCCUGAACCAGGAGGACCGCAUCGCGCGCUACAAGCAGUUCAAGGAGUUCCAGAAGCGCAUCAUGGUAUCUACCGACCUGUUUGGGCGCGGCAUCGACAUCGAGAGGGUGAACAUCGUCAUCAACUACGACAUGCCCGAUGACAGCGACUCGUACCUGCACCGCGUGGGGCGCGCGGGGCGCUUCGGCACCAAGGGGCUGGCGAUCACAUUCUCGGCCACUGACGAGGACGCUGAGGUGCUGAAGAAGGUACAGGAGCGCUUCGAGGUCAACAUCGGCGCGAUGCCCGCCCAGAUUGACACCACGUCCUACCUGAACGCCUGA